AUGAGUAGUAAUCCAUCCUCAUCAUAUACACCAUGGGUUUCUAAAUCAAUUUCAUCAAAUAGUUUAGCUGGAUUAUCAUCAUCACCAUCAACAUCAAAUAGAAGUACUACAAGGGGUGCAGAUAAAGAAGCAAAGUUAUUGGGAUAUUUACAAAAACAAUCAAAAUCACAACUACCAAAUUCAAAUGUAAAAUUAUAUAAAAAAAAAUGGUUUUGGUUUGAACCAGACACAGGAACAUUAUAUUAUUCAACAACAUCAAGCGGAGCACUAUCACAGCCACUUACACCAACAUCAUUAUCAGAAAGAAUUAAAUCAAUACCCAUUGUAAAAACAACUCAUAUAGAACAAUCAAUUUCAUUCAGACUAGAAUUUAUUAUAACAAAUGAAAAAAAAACAUAUAGUUUAAGAGGUAUUGAUGAAACUUCAAUUUUAAACUGGGUAAAUACAUUAAAUCAGUGGAAAAAAGCAAAUUUUGAAAAAAGCUCAUUAUCAGUAACUGGUUCAAUAGAAAAUCCAAAUUUUAUAAAUCAAUUAGGUGAGAUUGAGCUAAUUUUAAGUGCAAUAUCAUUAUCAAAUAAUAAUCUUAAUAAUAAUAAUAAUAGUAAUAAUGGUAAUGAUAGCCCAAUAAGACCAUUACUAGAAAAAUUUCAACCAGAUCAAGAGCAAAUUAAAUUAAUAUCAGAAAAAAUUACACAAAAAAUAAAUUAUUUAAAAUCUUGCCAAAAUGAACUUUUCUUGUUUCAGCAGCAACAACAACAGCAAAAUAGCAAUAGUAAUAUAAAUAAUAUAUCAAAUUUAAAUAAUAGUAAUAAUAUUUUUAGUAAUAGUUUAUUAAAAAGAUUAAAUAGUAGCCAAGAUUUAACCAAUUCAAGUAAUUCAAUAACAAUGGAUGAUAGUUUAGUAGAUGAUGAUGAAGAUGAUGAUGUAUUGUUAAGCAACGGCAUCGUCAAUAACGAGAUAUCGGAUAUAUUUUCAUUAUUACCAGUACAUUUAUCAUUAUAUGUAUUUUCAUAUUUAGAACCAAAUGAUUUAUUAAUUUGUGCACAGGUUUCAACACAGUGGCAAAAACUAGCAAAUGAUAACCUAUUAUGGAUCAGAUUUGUAUUUCAUUUAAUAACACCAGCUUCAGUUUUUGAUAAAUCACACAAUUGGAAAUCAGUUUAUUUGGCAAAUACUCCAUCAUCAAAAAAGAAAGAAGGCGCAAAUGGUAAAGAAAAGUAUAUGAACAGAACCAUUAGUAUGUAUGGUGUUACUCCAUUAACCUCCACCAAAUCUCUCAAAGAAGGUUGGCUAUAUAAAAGAGGCGAUGAUAUUUUAAGAAUAUGGAAAAAAAGAGCUUCAGUUUCAACAAGAAAGAAUUGUUUUAAAAUUAUUCAAUCGAAAUAUAUGACAGGUGCAAUACAAAAAAAGAGAAUGCCAUAUUAUUUGGCAAGUGAUAGAGAGGAUGACUGCAUUGAAUGGUUUAGUAUUUUAUCUAAUGCGAUUAAACUUAAUACACAACAUCAAGGUCAGUACGGUGUGGUAAAUAUUGGUCAAUCAAAUACACUUCCAAACGGUAUCUCUCCAAUAGCAACCCCAAGUAAAUAUAAUCAAUAUCAUACAGUUUCAAAUAUAAAUAGUUUAUUCAGUAAUAAUAAUAAUAAUAAUAAUAGUCAUAGUAGCGGUAAACCACGUAAAUCACAUAAAAAAUCAUUUUCAUCAUCAUCAACAUCAUCAAAUAAUAAUACAUUGUUUGACUCAAACCCACAACAUUUAUCAUCAACACCUGUAAAUUUAACACCAAUUUAUCCAAUGUUUGGAUUACCAAUUACCAAAAUAAUAGAGAAUCAAUCAGCGAUAGCAUCACAACAAUAUUUAAAAGUACCAUACCUUUUACAUGUAUGCUUGAGUCAUAUUUUAGAGAAGGGUAUCAGAGAAGAAGGUAUAUUUAGAGUAUCAGGAAGUUUAAGAGAGAUUCAAGAGCUUCAGGAAGAUUUUGAACAGGGUAGAGAUAUAGAUUUAAAUCAACAUGAUAUUCAUGCAAUUAGUGGUUUAGUUAAAACAUUCUUUAGAAAAUUACCUCACUCACUAGUGCCAUCCGAUUUAGACGAAUAUUCAACUUCAGUUCAAUUGGCAACCUCUCAAACAGAGGAUGAAAAAAUUCAAGAAUUCAAAUUCAUUUUUGAAAGUAUAACACCAAACUCUUUUCACAUUUUCAAAAUUUUAUUACUUUUAUUAAAACAAAUUGUACUUUAUGAAUCUCAAAACAAAAUGACAAUUGAAAAUUUAUUAAUCGUUAUUAUGCCAACAUUAAAGUGUUCACCUGUUUUGAUCACAAACGGAAUCAAAUAUUACGAACAAAUAUUUAACCAAUAA